UCCAAUACUGCGGGGCCGCCAUAACACUGACCGUCACGUGGGGGCCGCCUGCUGCCGCCCUGCUCCUGCUGCUCCUGCUCCUCCCCCCACCACUCCACGCCCUCACACGCCCCCGAAAUGGAGUCCAGGAAGAUCAUAGACAUCCUGAGGGGCACCAUAGACCCGGCACUGAGGCAGCAAGCAGAGGAUGAGCUCACCAAAAUGAAGAAAAUUAUCGGAUUCACACCAGCGCUGCUCCAGGUGGUGAUGAUGGGAGAGGUGGACAUGCCAGUGCGUCAGGCUGGAGUCAUCUACUAAAACAUGGUGACGCAACACUGGAAGGAUGCGGAGUAUGAGGGAGGAGAGCCUAUCCCUUUCCACAUCCACGAACAGGAUCGCGCCAUGAUUCGUGAUGCGAUAGUGGAUGCUGUUGUCCAUGCGCCUGAUCUUGUUAGGGUCCAGCUGGCAGUGUGCACGUACCAGAUGGUCAAAUACGACUUUCCCAAUCGAUGGACAAAUAUCGUCGACAAAAUCAGCAUCUACCUCCAGAAUCCAGACACCUCACUGUGGAAUGGCAGCCUGCUCUGUCUCUACCAGCUGGUCAAGAACUUCGAGUACAAAAAGAAGGAUGACAGGGCACCUUUACAUGAGGCGAUGAGGUUGUUGCUACCCAUGUGCUAUGAACGCAUGGUGCACCUCCUCCCAGACCCCUCGGAACACUCCACACUGCUGCAGAAGCUUAUACUCAAGAUAUUCUACGCCUUGACACAGUACCACCUGCCCCUGGACUUACUAGACAGGGAGCAGUUUACCAGGUGGAUGGAGGUGAUCAGGCAGGUGGCGGACAGACCUGUGCCAGACCAGACGCUGCAGGUGGAUGAGGACGAGAGGCCGGACUUGCCGUGGUGGAAGAUUAAAAAGUGGGCGCUCCACAUUUUGGCGCGAAUAUUUGAGAGGUACGGCUGCCCUAGCACAGUGCACAGUGACUACAAGGAGUUUGCCAAUUGGUACAUCAAGACAUUCUCAGCGGGGGUCCUUCAGGUACUGCUCAAGAUCCUCAACCUCUAUCGAAGCAAGGUGUAUGUCUCCCCACGGGUCCUUCAGCAGACACUCAACUACCUGGAGCAAGGAGUCGGGCAGAGUGUUGCCUGGAAGCUGCUGAAGCCACACAUGCUCUCAGUGGUUCAGGACGUCCUCUUCCCCCUCAUGUGUUACUCGGACGCUGAUCAGGAACUGUGGAACUCAGACCCUUAUGAAUAUGUGCGGGUAAAGUUUGACAUCUACGAGGACCUGGUAUCUCCCGUCACGGCAGCGCAGGGCCUCCUCUUGUCCACUGUACGUAAGAGGAAGGAGAUGCUGGAGAAGACUAUGGUGUUCCUCAUGCAGGUUCUCACUACUCCUAAUGUCGACCCAAGGCACAAGGAUGGUGUUAUGCAUAUGAUUGGUACAUUGGGUGGUGUGUUACUGAAGAAAAAGAUAUACAAGGACCAGAUGGAGACGAUGAUAGCGCAGUACGUCUUCCCAGAGUUCCAGAGUCCUUUUGGCUUCAUGAGAGCUAGGGCAUGCUGGAUCCUGCAGAACUUUGAUGAGAUUAAAUUUAAGUCGGAGCAGAACAUUGUGGCGGCGAUGAACUGUAUACAGAACGCCCUCCUUAACGACCACGAGCUGCCUGUCAAGGUGGAGGCGGCCAUGGCUCUCUCCGCCUUCCUUGCCUCGCAGAACAAAGCGGAGAAGAUUGUCGAGCCUAAUAUCCAGGCCAUCGUGCAGGAGCUACUGAAGGUGAUCAAGGAGACAGAGAACGACGACCUGACCAAUGUGAUGUGCAAGAUUGUCACCACCUACACCGACCAGCUCACCCCAAUCGCUGUGGAAAUGUGCACCCAGCUGGCCGCCACCUUCCAGCAGGUGGUGGACGCAGAGGAGGGUGCUGACGAAAAGGCUAUCACCGCCAUGGGACUCCUGAGCACCAUUGAGACACUUAUCAACUGCAUGGAGGAGAACCCUAAGAUCAUGGAGCAGAUUGAGCCCAUCACUCUACAGGUGGUCGGCCUCAUUCUCACCAAAAACGUCAUGGAGUUUUACGAGGAAGCGCUGGCUCUUGUGUACAGCCUGACCAGCACCAGAAUCUCGCCAGACCUGUGGAAGUGCUUUGAGAUGAUGUUCCAGAUGUUUAAGAGUGACGGCUUUGACUACUUCACGGAGAUGAUGCCAGCACUCCAUAACUACAUCACCGUGGACACCGAGGGCUUCAUCAGCUCCGAGGCGAGGAUUGCAGCGGUGUUUGAGAUGUGCAAGACUGUGUUGACGCAGGUUGACUGUGCAGAGGAUGACGAGUGCCACGCCGCCAAGCUCCUGGAGGUGAUAGUGUUGCAGUGCCAAGGACGCAUCAAUCAGUGCCUGGGCUCCAUCAUACAGCUGGUGGUGGAGCGCCUGCUGAGGGAGGUGAAGACUGCAGAGCUCAGGACUAUGCUGCUGCAGGUGAUCAUCGCGGUGCUGUACACGGCUCCAGACACUCUGCUGCAGGUCCUGGAGUCCACCACACUGCCCAACACCACCACCACACUCACCUCACACUUCAUCAAGCAGUGGAUUCAUGACACUGACUGCUUCCUGGGACUGCACGACCGCAAGAUCUGUGUGCUGGGGAUGUGCACCCUCCUUCAGCUGGGUCCUGAGCGACUUGGCGUGCUGCAGGAGUGCCACAAGGAGAUCAUCCCAGCCAUGCUUAUGCUUUUCCAGGGACUAAAGAGAGCCUAUGCUGCCAAAGCCAGCGAGGAGAACAGUGAUGAUGAGGAUGAUGGUGAGGAAGAUGAAGACAUUGAACAUGAGGUCCUGGAGAGUGACGAGGACGAACUAGACGACAAUGGGGAUGAAUAUUUGGAGAAGCUCGGAGAGAAGGUGAAGAAGGCAUCUGCUGCGUCACCCUUCGCUAUCACCGCCACUGUAGAGGAUGAGGAGGAUGACGAUGACUCUGAUGACGAAAUGGACGAGACAGCCCUGGAGUCCUUCACCACACCCCUGGACCGAGAGGAGUGUGAGGUGGACGAGUAUUGUGUCUUCAAGGAUGUCAUGCAGACCCUGGAAGCCAAUGCCCCCGUGUGGUACCAGGCACUGACCACAGGGCUCACUACAGACCAGCAGAAGGUGAUGCAGGAGGUAGCAACGCUGGCAGAUCAAAGGCGUGCAGCAGCGCAGAGCAAGAAAAUACAGCAGAGUGGAGGUUACAACUUCCAGCAGACAGCAGUGCCCACCAGUUUCAAUUUCGGAGGCUCUUUUGGAUCUUAAAACCUUGAGUGUUGCAUCCCUUACCUCCAACGCCCCAGUGACUGCUCCUCCUGUCCUCCUGUCCUCCUGUCCUCUUAACCCUGUGCCAUUCCCAUCAACACUCAUUUCCUCUUGUCCUCUUUCAUUGUCUCUUGUUCCAUCUUCAUCAAUGUCUGUCCUUUUCCUCCUUUUCCUUCAUUUCCUCUCUGUCAAUCUUUUCCUGUGCCAUCUUCAUCAAUGCCCUUCAUCUUCUUAUUUCUCCUACUCACUCCUCUUUUUCCUCCUCUUCAUUGUCUUUUUCUGUGCCAUCUACAUCACCCUUUCCUCCUCCUCCUCCUCCUCCUCCUCCUCCAUCAUUUCCAUUUUUGCAUUGUGGAGUCAAGUGUUUGUUUUUGGGGUAAAAAAGAUGAAAAUUAUUUAUGGAUUUGGGGAUCUUUGAGAGUGUCAGGUUCUUCUCUGUGUGUACUGCAGGGUGUUUACAUUAGUGGUUCUGUGUGUGUGCGUUUGUUUGUUUUUUUUAGUGUUGGUGCGUUUGUGUUUAUUUUGGGGGGUUAAGUUUUCCUGCGCACUUUUUUUUUUUUUUUUCUUUUUUUUUUUUUCUAUCAGUGAUGUGGUAAGGAUAUGUUUUAUUUAAGUACUUGUUGUCUGUGUGUGUGUAUGUAUGUGUGUGUGUGUGUGUGUGUGUGUGUGUGUGUGUGUGUGUGUCAUCAUCAUUAUUAUUAUUAUGUAUUUGUGGUGGCUUCUCAUAAUUUAAUUCACUACCACCACCACCACCACCACCACCACCACUACUACUACUAUUACCAUCAUUACUACUGUUUUUACUACUAAUACUACCCCACCACCACUACUAUCACUACUACUAUUACAUUUUAUCACGACUAUUUACUACUAUUAUUGCAGCUACUACUACUACCACUACUGCAACUACUGCUAGAAUGGUGACGAUAUUAUUGUUAUUAUCUAUUUCUUCCUGUUUAUAUAUAUUUAUUGCAAACUUUUCAUGUAUUUCUUGCUUUCCAUAUUGCAUUGUCGUCUGAGGAUCUCUUUACUACUACUACUACAACUAUUACUACUAUUAUUAUUACCAAUUUUUAUUUCAAACUAUGCAUUUCUUUCCUUCCUCUCUCGUCCUUUCCUCACAAAUCACUGACUGUUUGACUGACUGACUGACUGACUGACUCCUACCAUUCUCCACUCCCCUGCCUCCCCAUCUUCCCCUCCCCAUGUCCCUCUAACCCCCUCCAACACACGUCACCCCCUCCCCACCCACAACAAUGCAGUUCCUCCCUCCCCUGCGUGAUAUAAAAUUCUUCUUGUUUGAGGAGUUACGGUAAUAGAAAAGGUGAUAUAUUUUUGCUUGUUUUUUUUUUUUUUUUU